AUGAGUACGGAAACCAAUUCCGUGGCAGCUGACGGAAAGCACCGCCUACACCCCAGUGUGAUCGAGGAUUCCAGCGCUGGAGAGGCUGGUGUGAUUGCAAGCGAGCUCAUGGCUGAAGAAGCGAGCUUACUAGAGGCCCAGGCGGCCUCCAAUCCCACAAAGUCCUACGGUGCUACUGAGAUAAAUAACCAGCAAACCGACGACAAUGGUGGGUACGCCUUACCAAAGGGCAAGUUGUAUCUUUUGAUUUCGUGUGUGUACAUGGCGGUGUUCAUGUCUGCUUUGGACGGCACCGUGGUGGCCUCCCUCUUGACGGUGAUUGCUUCAGAAUUGAACCAGGUGGGAAACAUAUCCUGGAUAGCUACCUCCUACUUGGUCUCAUCGGCUGCGUUCCAACCGCUUUUUGGCAAGUUGUCCGACAUCUUCGGCAGGAGAACCAUCUUGAUAGUUUGUGGUGCCUUCUUCACAGUUGGAUGUUUGAUAUGCGCUACGGAAUCGUUCACCCUUUUGAUUCUAGGAAGAUUUAUCGCCGGAUGUGGUGGCUCUGGGUUUACCUCGCUCGGAACGAUUGUCAUGUCCGAUCUCAUCCCACUUCGUGACAGAGGUGUGUUCCAAGGAAUGGGUAAUAUCUGCUUUGGGUUGGGUUAUGCGUCGGGAGGGUUCAUUGGGGGCCUAGUUGCUGAUUGGCUUGGGUGGAGAUGGGUCUUUAUCUUACAAGUUCCCUUGAUUUUGGUUGUCACUGCCGUGAUUUACUUCUUCUUACACUUGCCUGAAGGCUCGCCUGGAUUGGGAGUCCAAGGCGAAGAUGUGCACCAGAAAUUGAAGAGAGUAGACUUCUUGGGGGCAUCUCUAUUGGUUGCAGGGUUGAUUUCAUUUAUGAUAGCUGCCAGCUUGGGUGGAAGAAUUAUUCCUUUUACUUCGUUCACAUUUAUUGGAUUAUUGUUGCUUUCUGUUGCCUUUAUUGCAGUCUACACUUAUGUGGAGUUGUACGUUUCGGAAGAACCAAUCCUUCCUCUCGAGGUCUUGGGUGUUAGAACGGUUUUGGCUUCUUCUUUUGCAAAUUGGUUCUUUACCAUGGGUGCCUUGGCCUAUACAUUCUACGUGCCCGUGUUUUUAUCAUCCGUGAUUGGAUUGUCUCCUACCCAAACUGGUCUUAGAUUGGUUCCAAAUUUUAUCGGUGUUUCAGGAGGCUCGCUUGCAGCCGGAAUUUACAUGAAGAAAACUGGCCGUUACUGGCCGAUUUCCGCCGUCUUAGGAGGUGUUGCCGUACUUGGAUCCUUGAAAUUGUUGACCUUUUCCCCCAAUAGUUCUGUGUUCACCCAGUACACUAUCACCGUUCUUCCAGGUAUUGGUUAUUCGUGUAUGUUGACAACCAGCUUGUUAGCAUUGAUUGCUUCUGUUCCAAUGAAGUACCAAGCCUGUACCACAUCCAUUCAGUAUACUUUCAGAUCUACCGGCUCCACUAUUGGGGUUACUGUCGCGUCAGCAAUAUUCCAGCACAUUCUCCAGAUAAAAUUAAACACAAAAAUCCACAAGUUGGUAUCAGACAAAAAGCUAGCUGCAAAGAUAAUUUCCAGGGCGUUGGCCAGCUCGCUGUAUGCCCAAGAAGCUCCAGAAUAUGUCCGUGACGCGAUUAGAGACUCUUAUCAAGCAGGCUGUAGGGGAGCAUUCGUGUUGAGUGUUGCUACAAUUACUGCUGGCUAUAUUUGUCUGUUAUUCAUGAAAGAGUAUAAGUUGCAUACCAGUAUUAACAGAGAUUAA